CUGCUGUUGAGACGUGCUGUUCAAUAAUGUUUAUUGUAAAUAGGAAGAUAAUUUAUAAACUCCCUAUUUAUGAAAUUUUUUGUAAAAGAUGUAAACACAAUAUAGAUUAUUCUAGGGUUCCAGUAUUACAUGAGAAAGAUUUACAAGAAAUGCAUGUAAGGGGUUCAGGCCCUGGAGGCCAAAAAAUAAACAAAACGUCAAACUGUGUUGUUCUAAAACAUAUACCAUCAGGUAUUGUCGUUAAAUGUCAAGAAACAAGAUACUUAGAACAAAAUCAGAAGAGAGCACGUUCUAUACUUCUUACGAAGUUGGAUAAUUUAAUGAAUGGUGAAUAUAGUGUUGAAGCUCAAGUAAAAGCAAUUGAAAAUCAGAAAAGUAUUUCAAAGGAAAAGAAAAAAGAUAAAUUAAAAUCUCUUAAAGAAGAUUGGAGAAAAAGAGAAAAUUUGUUAUAA